AUGGCGGUCGCACGAGACUCACUAAACGAGGACACGAUUAUGUUGUUGUCGGAAAAAUUGAAAGCGUGGGACGAGAAUUUUCGCGUACUAACCGACAUUAAUGCAAGUCUAAGCAGUGUGGAAGAAGACCUGCGUGCAAGUAGGGAAUCGAGAGAUACCGAAAUUCCCACAUCGACGCCGUUAAUUCCGCGAGGAAUAAGACCCAUUAAUGAUAAUUUUCAACCAAUUAAACUAAAAGACGCGAUUCAGUCAGUGCCAGUGUUCGACGACCAUCGACCACCGGUAUUUCAAUUUUUAAUUCUCGCCGUAGAGGACGGUGUAGUAUUAACCCUGAACGAUUUCGGAAAUAGGUUAAAAAAUAUGUUCGGUCCGGGAAAAACAAUUAACGAAUACAGAGGUGAACUAGCGACGGUAUUUCAACGACUGGGGGAAGAGAUCCUAGAUUACAUAGAUCGCGUCAAAAAUCUCAGGCUAGCAAUAAUGGAUGAGGAAAGAUGCGGAUUUGAUACCGUGUCCGCGGAUGUCCAAGACACUAUAGAUUGGGACACGGCAGAAGCCUUCGUUAAAGGACUCCCAAACGAGGUAUUUAUGCGGGUAAAAUUAGCCGGAUAUCAAUCCCUAGACGACGCGUUUUGCCAAGCCGUGAGAGCUACAAGAGAAUUGAAAGAAGUAAAUAAUAGAUCGCGAUGUCAACGACUAGGAAACCCAAACAAUUAUAACUGGAACGGCUCUCGCCCUAACAACGACAACAAUUGUAACAACAACCGUAAUAUCAACGGAAAUAACCGCCAGGAUCGAAGAUUCGUGCCGCCGACGCAGAAUCGUCCGACACCUCCGAAUAAUUAUAAUGGAAACAAGACUCGUCCUAUACGAUAGUAACAACAUCAGAAACCACCACCAGGAUUGGAGAUUUGUAUCGCCGUCGCGGAAUCGUCUAAGCGACCCGGGAAUAGAGAAAGAUAUUAGGAAAAGAGCAAGAGCAAUAACCUGGAAAGAAAAAUGCGUAGAUAAACAUCUCAAAAGAGAUCCAAGUCAAAGGAGGGAUGCUGAUUAUUUGAAACAACCAACCUUCCAAUACAAACACUGUUCCGUUGCUGUGAUAAAAGACGAUGUUACUUUAAGUAGCAAGAGGACGCACGGCAGCACAGACGAAA